AUGGAAGAAAAUGGUGGAAUUGGAGGACAAUUCUAUAGAGAAGCUGAUUUAUUGAUUGAUGAAGCGAUCGAUAAGCUGCAUGGGUCAACUCAAUCAGAGGACGAAAUGAAGUUUGCCAGCCUGCUGCUUAAUCGUAAAGAGCUCAAUGUGAAAGAUACCGCUCCUAUGCUCGUCUACAAUCUGUUUAAUAUCGCCACGCAUCCAGAUAUUCAAUCAAAGCUUCGCGACGAAGUGAACACCGCUGUUGGGCGAGACAAAGAGAUCAGUCCCCGCCGUGCUCUCUCGGUUACCAUUCCUUCGUGCAUGUAUCAAGGAAACUUUUCGAAUGUUUCCGAUUGGCACGGAAAUUUCACGGAUUCCACAAAAGGAUCUCGUCCUCAGCGGCUAUCAUGUUCCAGCUGGAACGCCAGUCGAUAUCAACACAAAUGUACUGAUGAGGGCGACGAUUUGCUGAACAAGAUCUACAGGUUGUGCUGUGCCGAUUACUACAACACUAUCGAAUCGAACCAAGUGCGCAUGGGUAGUUCGAACAGAUUUACGAAACACUCCUUGCCUAAAGGCUGUUGUGAUUUUCGAUUUGAGCCCUUGUAG